UGUUACUUAGAAUGGCUGAUCUGAAAGACGAAAGUGGAAACCCAAUCUAUCUGACGGACCAACACGGGAAGCCAGCUCAGCUGAUGGACGAGUUUGGGAACGCGAUGCACCUGACAGGUGUCGCAACCACCGUUCCUCACCUUAAGGAGAGCAGCUACACGGGUCCACACCCGAUCACUGCCCCAGUCACCACCACCGAUACCCCUCACCACGCACAACCUAUCUCCGUGACUCACAACCCUCUUGAGCACCAUGAUCUCCGAUGGUUCGGCAUUUCCUCUCCAAAACCGACGGAUGACGAUGGCCAAGGAGCACGGAAUAUUAUCACAGAACCAAAGGUAGGCGGCAACGAACCAUCAACUGUGACGACCGUAAGUGGAUCAGGACCAGGACCGGUUCACGAACCGCACGUGAAGAAGUCUUUCUUUAGGAAGAUUAAGGAUAAACUUUCCGGCCACCAAUAGGAUCCGUGAAAGCUUCCUGUCCAUACGGGAUGCUAAUGUUAUCUAUUGUGUUUGCAUCUAAAUUAUUACUAAGUGGUAAUUAAAAUAUUUGUAAUCACAAUCAUGGUCUAAAUGUUGGAAUUUUUGGGAUGAUAUUGCGUAUUCCUAAUCUUUAUUUAAACCUUUUUUUCGUCGACACUGUGACGCUGCUUUCCGUCAAUUUCCCUCUCAUUGCAAAUGUUAGCUCAGUCGCACUUGUUCUGCAACUCCUUCGAUCUGAUUCCGCCACCGUCUCCGGUGUUGCGGUCUGCGUUUCGAUCUCUUCAUCUCUCUCGUUCUUCUUAUGAAAGCAGUCGAUUAUCCUUUCUAUCGUCUUCUGCAACCGCUGUUCCGGUCUCCCGCGGCCAGAUCUCACUGACAAUGGCUUCGAACUCAAAACGGCCUGACCUAAGCGAAGAAACUUCUCCGGAACCGAGCGUCACCGACCUGGAUCGAUUCUCAGCUGUGGGAAAUGCACUGGCUGAUGCUUCCGGCGAGGUCAUCAGAAAGUAUUUCCGUAAGAAAUUCGACAUUGUCGAUAAAGAUGAUAUGAGUCCUGUUACAAUCGCUGAUCAAAUGGCUGAAGAGGCAAUGGUAUCGAUUAUAUUCCACAACUUCCCUUCUCAUGCUAUAUAUGGUGAGGAGAAGGGUUGGAGAUGCAAAGAGGAAUCUGCAGACUAUGUUUGGGUUUUGGACCCAAUCGACGGAACAAAGAGCUUUAUUACAGGGAAACCGGUGUUUGGUACGUUGAUAGCUCUGCUGUACAAGGGUAAACCGAUUCUAGGUCUAAUUGAUCAGCCUAUUCUAAAAGAGAGAUGGAUAGGAAUGAGUGGAAGAAGAACUAAAUUAAAUGGCGUUGAUAUCUCAACGAGGUCUUGCCCAACAUUAUCACAAGCAUACUUAUACACCACAAGCCCACAUCUUUUCAGUAAAGAAGCAGAGAAGGCAUUUGCUCGAGUUAGAGACAAGGUAAAGAUGCCAUUAUACGGCUGUGAUUGUUAUGCUUACGCUCUUCUGGCUUCUGGAUUUGUCGAUCUUGUUAUUGAAUCUGGUCUAAAGCCAUAUGAUUUCCUUGCUCUGGUGCCUGUAAUAGAAGGCGCUGGAGGUACCAUAACCGAUUGGAACAGUAACCCUCUUCUGUGGGAAGCUUCAUCCAGUGCAGUUGCUACAAGCUUUAAUGUAGUUGCAGCAGGAGAUGCAGACAUUCAUCAGCAAGCAUUGGAGUCACUCGAGUGGCAGUGAACAGCAUUGCUGGAGAGGUUUGUCAAGGUACUAUUCAGGGAAAGCAAGAUCAUUCGCCUGUAUCUCAGACGCUAAAUGCCUUGAAGAUCUGAAGAAACCAACCCAACCUCUUGAUGAUGAUGAUGAUGCCUACAAGAAGAGGAAGAAGAAGAAUAAGCAAUCAUCUUCAUCCUCGUUUUCUGCUGCUGUUAACAGUAAUGUGAAUUUCCAAAGCUACCCUUGUCGUAGAGUCUCUAGUAGCACCCAUUGUUCCUCGCCUUGUGUUGGUGCUUAGGAAUAAUCUAAAACACUUUCUCAGUUUAUUACAAUACAAAUCUUUAUGAAUGGACCCCUAUUCUUUUUUUACUUAUCUAAAAGCGUCAUGUAUGUGGGGGCCAUCCACAUCACAAUUUUCUUUAGACUUUUAAUGUUGGUGUGGGUUAUCUUUUAUCUUGCGCAAAUUUAAGUAUAGCUUCGCUCCCGUUUGUACAGGAAGAAUGUUGAAAAAACUUCCGGCUUCUUUAAUCGCUAUUCACCUUCAGAUGCCCAAGCAAAAAGCUCCUAGGAAGCAACUCAAGUCAUAUAAACUGAAACAUAUCAACAGGACGAUUCAAGAGGGAGAUGCUGUUUUGAUGCGGUCGUCGGAGCCGGGGAAACCGUCGUACGUAGCGAGGGUGGAGGCGAUCGAGACGGACGCGCGUGGAUCGAACGCGAGGAUUCGUGUGAGGUGGUAUUACCGCCCGGAGGAGUCCAUGGGAGGGAGGAGACAGUUCCACGGAGCCAAGGAGGUCUUCCUCUCCGACCACUACGACUUGCAGAGCGCCGAUACCAUCGAAGGCAAGUGUAAGGUCCACAGCUUCAGUAGCUACACCAAACUCGACUCCGUCGCCAACGACGACUUCUUCUGUCGUUUCGAGUACAAUUCCGCAACCGGCGCUUUUAAUCCCGACAGAGUCGCCGUGUUCUGCAAGUGUGAGAUGCCGUACAACCCUGAUGACUUAAUGGUGCAAUGCGAGGAUUGUUCUGAGUGGUUUCAUCCUUCUUGUAUAGGAACGACAAUAGAGGCAGCUAAAAAGCUCGAUCAUUUCUACUGUGAAGAGUGUUCCCCGGAACAGCAGAAUAUGGAGAACUCUAAUUCAACUUCUAAAAUCACAGAUGCCAAGGUUGGUGAAUACAAAACGCAGCCUGGAGGUAAGCAAGACGAGGAACAAACACACCAAGCGAUCAGGUUAACAUGAAACCCUCUUGAAUGCUAUAUCUGUGCUGAGAUGAUUAUGAUGGUGUAAUCUAUAAAGGUGUUUGUUCUCUUUCCCUCUCUACUUUUUUUUUUCCUUAAGAACGAGGGAUUAGGUCGUUGGUUUGAUUGGUGACUUGUUGUGGUAUAAUCCGUAUGUACAGUAUAUAUGGUUUCAUCUCCUUUAGCUGUGACAUGGAAAAUUGAGUGAUCAGUUUGUUUAUAACAACACAAAACAAAGAGAGAGAGGGUUACUUAUCUGUUUGUUUCUUGAUUGUAAACUCUAGAAAGAAGUGGUGAUUCCAACCAAAUUCACCUGUUUCAUUUUUAUAAAUUUCAAAACGCAUCAUAUUCAAAGAAACAAUCAUCGUCUAAAUGUAUAAGCAGUAGUUGAAUGCCAAACAGUUUUUGAUCAUCGUGCCUUCAUGUUUCACCAAACAACCACGAGAUAUUAGUGUAAUCAAUACGAUUUUCGGUAAUAGAAAAAAAGAAGUAAAUAAGUAAAUUCGAGACAAAUUCUGCAACCAACGCUACAAAUUCGUGGUCGCGAGGAAUCAGGAAGGGGGAUAUAAUACUAAUUUUUAGAAAAAUAAAAAGAAUUAAUUUUGUACAACGCUACACGGCGCUUCUACAAGUUGAGCUUAUCCUAUUCGACACCCAGUCAGUGUCAGCACGUGUUGAUAAAUCAUUGGUCAACUUCUCUUUCCCCUUGGAUAAGUAAUCUUAAAUGCCGUAAAUAUCUUCCGAUUUUCUCCGAUUAAAAUAAUAUAUAUUUUAUCUUUAAAGAAAAUGAAACCGAAAGCUGAUCUCCAAAGGGAAAAAGACAUCUAGCGUCUUUACAUACACCUAUACAUUCACGUUGCGUGUUGAAUAGAUACUUUCUUCCCCCCCCACCUUGGCCUUAGGGUUCUUCUAUAUUAAUCCCUCUCCCUUCCUCUCUGAUUUCUUCAAUCGAAAUCCAUGGAUCGUCUUAAGCUUUCUUUCUCCGUUUUCGUGCUUCUUUUCCUUUUCGUCUCCGUUUCGUCCGGGGGGAUUCUCCCUGAGACGUCGUCGUCUGACGGCGAUGACCUCGUGAUCCGGCAGGUGGUUGAUGGAGCCGAGCCCAAGGUUUUGUCAUCUGAGGAUCACUUCUCUCUGUUCAAGAGGAAGUUCGGCAAGGUUUACGACUCCAGUGAGGAGCAUGAUUACAGGCUAUCGGUUUUCAAGGCGAAUCUCAGGCGAGCGAGGCGUCACCAGAAGAUGGAUCCGUCGGCGCGUCAUGGUGUGACGCAGUUCUCGGAUCUGACUCGGUCUGAGUUCCGGAAGAAGCACCUCGGUGUUAAAGGCGCGUUUAAGCUUCCCAAGGACGCCAACAAGGCUCCGAUUCUCCCUACCGAAAAUCUUCCGGAGGAGUUUGAUUGGAGAGAUCGUGGCGCAGUUACUCCCGUCAAAAAUCAGGGGUCUUGCGGCUCUUGCUGGAGUUUCAGCGCCACCGGAGCUCUGGAGGGUGCUAAUUUCCUCGCAACCGGCAAACUCGUCAGCCUUAGCGAACAACAGCUCGUCGACUGUGAUCACGAGUGUGACCCAGAAGAGGCCGGUUCAUGCGACUCUGGUUGCAAUGGUGGGCUAAUGAACAGCGCAUUUGAGUACACACUCAAAACCGGAGGGCUCAUGAGAGAGGAAGACUAUCCAUACACUGGAAAGGACGGCCCGACCUGCAAGUUAGACAAGUCCAAGAUCGUUGCCUCUGUCUCCAACUUCAGCGUCAUCUCCAUUGACGAAGAACAGAUCGCUGCAAACCUCGUCAAGAACGGCCCACUUGCAGUAGCCAUCAACGCCGCCUAUAUGCAGACUUACAUUGGAGGAGUCUCGUGCCCUUACAUAUGCGCCAGGAGACUCAACCACGGUGUCUUGUUGGUGGGUUACGGCUCCGCCGGUUACGCCCCGGCUAGGUUCAAGGAGAAGCCUUACUGGAUCAUCAAGAACUCAUGGGGAGAGACUUGGGGUGAGAAUGGUUUCUACAAAAUCUGCAAAGGCCGUAACAUUUGUGGCGUUGACAGUCUCGUCUCUACCGUUUCAGCCACCGUCUCCACCGCCGCUCCUUAGUUAAUAUAUUGACUUACUUCUCGUGAUUUGUGUGAGCGACCGCUCUCUUGGCGUCGACUCUCUAUUUCUCUCUGCUUUUUUUAAGAAAGAUGAAGUUUGUAAAUAAGAUGCUUUCUCUUGAGCAAUUCUAUACAAUGAAUUGAGCAUAUUUAUUCACAUGAUUUAAAAACUAGCAUUAACUGUUGAAUCAAGGAAACCAAAAAUAAAUGUGGUGGAUGUGGCAUUCUAGAAGCAUGUUCCACUUCCCUACUUUGUCUUCCACCAUCUCAUAUUUCGAAAAGAAAAGCUGAAAAAAAUAAAUGAAUACAUAAAAUUACAUUAGUAGUAUUUCACUAUUUCUUGGUUCCCACAUGUGCCCCUAUUUUUUUUCCCAAACAAACCAAAUUCACACCCAACCUCCUCCUCCGUAUUUUCUUCUCCUCUCUCUCUCAGAGCAAACCCACGAAAGCUAUGUCGGAAUCUGUACUAACGGCGAUGUACAGUUGGUUCACACCAACAGUACUCUUCGUAUUCCUCAAUCUAAUGAUUGGGACCAUUGCAAUUAGCUCGUCUUUAACUUCCAAAUCCAAGGAUCCAAAUCAAACUCAGAUCCAACGCUCUCCUUCAGUGAUUCACCGUCUCAAAUCCAUAAAUUUCUCAUCCUUCACUUCACCAGACAAGUCUCAUCUCGAGUUUCCUCCCCCGACAACUCCCGACAACAACAGCGAACUCGGUUCGAUCGAACAAAAUCAGCCUUUCCUUUCCAGAUCUCCUUCUGUUCUUCACCGAAUCAAGUCUUUCAAUCUCUACAACUACAUCUCUCAGGAACCCACCACCGUCGCUGAAUCUCCGCCGUCGCGGGUGACUGUCGAGGCAAAACAAGAAGAAGAAGAAGAAGAAGAAGAAGAAGAGAUCAGCCCGAGUCUUGAAGAGGUUUACAGUAAGCUAAAUCUGAACCACGUGGCUCGGACGAAAUCUGACACCGAGCCAGCUGCGGGAAUCAUCCCACCGAAACUUCCCAAGAAGAUGAAAAAAUCAGCGAGUACCAAGUCUCCUUUCUCUCACUUCGAGGAAGAUGAAAUCUCCGUCGAGGCUCGUCGCCCGGAGACGGUUAGAGCGACGAGAGUUACGACGGUGGAAGAAGCUGAUGAAGAAGUAGAUGCCAAAGCUGAUGAUUUCAUCAACCGAUUCAAGCAUCAGUUGAAGUUGCAAAGGAUCGAUUCCAUCACUAAGUACAAGGAGAUGGUGAAGAAAAGAAAUGACAAGUGAAAAUUUAAAAUCAAAGUGCGUUUGUUUCUGUUUCCUUUUUAAGCGUAAAAGAUUAUAACAGUUUUUCGGAUGUAUGUGACAUGUGUGACUUGGUCCAUUUAUUAAAAAAAAAAAUGCAAGUUAUUGUUUUUUUAAUGUUGAGAGAUUCGACAAAUAAAAUUUCUGGUUCGUGAUCCAAAUUUCUAUAUAAAUACAUUAAGUACGUAGAGUUGAAAAGC